CACUUUCAUAUCCCAUCUCUAAACUAAAACUUCUCAUUUCCUACACAAAAGUUGGAACUACAACAACAAUCAAAGUUCAAAAUUUUUGAAAACAAAACUUUUAGCAAGAAUCAUGGAAGAAGAAUUCCAAUCGGUAGUCUGUGGAGGAAAUUGGUGGAACUCUUCAAGAAAUCUCUUCGCUUCAUCGCCGUGCUCCGCCGCAGUCAACGACUCCGGCUGCCUGAACCCUAGCCUCGUCAAAACCGCAAAGUCCAUCAGCAACGACUCCACCGGCUCCGCCUCCUCCGUCGUCCUCCAAGAAGCUCCAAAACCACAAAACAUGCCGAUUGAUUCAACUUUUCACAUGAUUGCCGACGAUAAUUGGAAUCAAGAUUUGAUCCAUGAUAGCGCAAUAUCACAACAAAAUUAUUCUUACAUGAACAAUCUCGAGCUAACGAAUUCCGUCGCAAACACAGCCACGAGCUUCCCGCUGAAUACGACGUCGUACAGCUACACUUCGUCGCUACUGCACACGCUGUUUGAGGCCGAUGAUACUCAGCCUCUUCUCGAAAAUCCGGCGACUAAUUUUGCGUCGCCCCCUAAUUUGAGGCCCUCUUUUCCUAAACAGCAACAAAUUGCUAACAAUUUUCAGCUCAUCAACAACGCUGCUUUCUGGAAUGCGACGGCCGGAGCGAGCUUUCUCCCGUCGUCGACGCCGCAGCUCAUUCCCUCAGCUCUUACUAAACCGAAACUCAAUCACCAGAGCUUCGGUUCAAAGAAUGUUAACCGGAAGGCAGCGGGAGCAGACGCGGUGGCGAUGAAGGAUGGGAGUGAACCUUCAUUGAAGCGUGCAAGAAUCGAAACUCCAUCGCCAACUUUUAAGGUCCGAAAAGAGAAGCUGGGGGACCGAGUUACUGCGCUCCAGCAGUUGGUUUCACCCUUUGGAAAGACUGAUACUGCGUCAGUACUCCAUGAAGCAAUAGACUAUAUAAAAUUGCUCCACGAUCAAGUCAAUGUACUAAGCACUCCUUAUUUGAAGAAUGGACCGCCUCCAUUGCAACGCCAACAGGCUCCCGACAAAAUUAAGGAGCAAGAAGAGCCAAUAUUAAAGGACCUAAAGAGCAGGGGCCUUUGCCUCGUGCCGAUAUCAAGCACUUUUCCGGUGGCUACUGAGACUACCCCCGAUUUCUGGACGCCUACAUUCGGGGGGAGCUUCAGGUAGACAAAAAAGAAAAAUAUAACAAAAAAGAAAAAGGAAAUAAAAAAGAAAAAAAAAAGAAAAAAGGAAAAAAGCGUUGGUUUUAACUUCUCUAGGCCAAGAAAAAGGAUGAUAUAGAGAGAGGAGAGAGAGAGAGAUGUGUGUGUUGCAGAAUUGGAGGCCACAUUGUUGUUUCAGUAUUGAUGAAAAGCAAGACAAGGGAAAGGAUGGGGGAAAAGAGAAAAGGAGAAGACAGCCAAGCUGGGCCAUAUGUAUCAUCAUGAAGGUUAGCAAAUGAUUAAGAAACACAAAAAUACAAUAAAUAAAUUGUUUUAAUUAGUUGUUGAUUUAAGGUGUUGUUGAUGAGGAACGGGAACAAGUGCUAAAUUUAGCUUUAGUUUGAUUAGUUUAGGAGAUCUGAUUAAUUAUAAGCGUAUGCUUUAAUUAUCAGUUUUAAUUUCAGCUGAAUUUAGCAGCUUGUAUGGAGGUUUUGUUCCUGUUUCUAAGUACAACUCAUUUCCAUAUCAUAUUGUCCACCGACUCUUAUUUUAUUUAUGCAUAAAGUUGGAAAAUAUUGAGAUA